AUGGUUACCCUAAGCAUGGUUAAAUCUAAUAAGAAGAAAGAUCGGCCAACAUCGGUGCGAGGAACCGAGGAUGCAACACUCACUCACGAUAAUACAAAAAAGUGGACCACGGAGAAGUGUAAAGUGAUAUCGAGGAGUGUCGAUGCACCUUUAGGUGGUGAUAUAGAGGCCUUACGUCAGCGCUGCAUACUACUACAAAAGUUGCAAGCAGUGCAACUAGGUUCAGUGCUGGGUUUAAAGAUCGACGAUGCACGAAAAUUGUGUGAUCAAUUAGAUCUUACCUUGGGUACAAAGGUCGAUAUGGUAGAGCGCAUCGCACGGACUCCCAAUUCUCGUCAAGAGCACGAUGCGCUGUUAUCAGCACUUAGAGAAGGGUAG